AUGGUGGCAGUUGUGGUAGAUACUGGCAGUUGCCUGUGCAAGGUGGGCUUUUCUGGCGAGGAUGCCCCGCGCGCUGUUUUUCCGUCUGUGGUGGGGCGUGUGCGCCAUCCUAUGGUCAUGGUUGGCUUCCACUACCGGCAGAGUUACGUGGGUGAGGAUGCUUUGUCAAAGCGGGGCAUACUGCGCCUAAGAUACCCAGUUGAUUGCGGCGUUGUGAUCAGCUGGGAGGACAUGGAAGCGAUUUGGUCACACAUCUUCUACAACGAGCUGGCCGUGUCCCCAGAGGACAACCCCGUACUGCUGACGGAGCCGCCGAUGAAUCCCAAAGCCAACCGAGAGGAGAUGACCCGCAUCAUGUUUGAGGCCUUCAGUGUUCCGGCGCUGCAUGUAGCCCCUCAGCCGGUCUUAUCCAUGUAUGCCUCGCGGAGGACGACAGGGGUGGUGGUGCAAUCGGGACACGGGGUCACCUGCGCAGCGCCGAUCUGCGAGGGAUUCCUCCUGCCCCAUGCGACCCUGUCCUCGCCUGUAGCGGGGGGUCGCCUGUCCGAGUACUUUGAGCAGCUCCUGUUUGAGAAGGGCUGGACCAUCACCUCGCGGGAGCAUGAGAUCUUGCAGGACAUGAAGGAGAAGUUGUGCUGGGUGGCUUUGGACUUCGACUCUGCCAUGCGCGGCGCAUCUGAGCAUCCUGCAUGUUCCGACCACGGCCGGCAGAACCACUACGAGCUCCCAGGCGGAGGACUGGCUUCCAUCGGGGAUGCGUCUUUCCGAUGCCCAGAGCUGCUCUUCCAGCCGAGCCUUGGAAACAUCGGGGCGCCCGGGCUCCAUGAGCUGACCUCCGAGUCGAUCCAGGGGUGCGGCGUGGAGAUUCGGCCUGAGCUCUUCUCCAACAUCGUCCUGGCGGGUGCCUCGACGCUCUUUCCCGGCACGGCCGAGCGCCUUGCAAAGGAGCUCACCUCCCUGGCACCCUCGGAGGAAAUCAGCGUCAUGGCGCCGGCCCACAGGAAACAUGGUGAGUGGCUGGGAGCUGCCAUUAUCUCCUCCGUCUCUGCCUUCCAGCAGCUCUGGCUCACAAGGGAGGAGUACGACGCAAGUGGGGCAGGAAGCAUUCAUGAGAAGUGCGUGUACGCAAUUCAAUGA